ACAGAGAUUAUGAACAACAAAAUAAUAUCAGAGGGCACAGGUCAAUGUCUGCGUAUUUCGUUUAUAUAUUAAGUUUUAUUUAGUUUUUGGGUACACAUUAUCGGAGACCUCCGGCCAAUUAUAGCAGUGUCCUAAUGGUAUCAGCGUGCAACUUUCAUCCCUGAGGUCGUAGAUUCGAAACCUAGCUGUGCAAGGACUUUCUGUACGCAUAUAACACUCGCUCGUACGGCGUAGGAAGACAUCCAGAGGAAACAGAAUAAGAGGCUAGCAAUGUCCAAGCUAACUCUGGACGGCUUUUUUUCGUACUGCAAACAAAUAGCAGAACACAUCCAGUUGGGCGACAGAAUGGCAUCACUAUCCGGCAUGGGCACACCAAAACUUACUUCAGGCGUUGGCAACCUGUAUUAUGACUCGAUCCUUCCGUAUCGCGAAGACGCCAGCCCACAGACACGAGAGUUCUUAGCGCGAGUGGUGGACGUACUUCUCGAUUACAUACAGCAAGUUAAUGACAGGAACGAAAAGAUCCUGGAAUUCAAAAUGCCGGAGGAGAUGCAAAAGAUGGUGGAUCUACAACUGCCGGAAAAUCCACUGCCUCUCAAGCAACUGCUGGAAGACUGCAAGAUCACCCUGAAGCAUCAAGUCAAAACUGGACACCCACACUUCUUCAACCAGCUGUCAUGUGGCCUGGACAUAAUCUCCCUCGCUGGAGAGUGGCUGACGGCCGCCGCCAAUACCAACAUGUUCACUUACGAGAUUGCACCUAUUUUCAUUCUCAUGGAAAACGUGGUCCUCGAGAAAAUGAGGAGCAUGAUCGGCUGGAAGUCCGGCGACUCUAUUCUCGCUCCAGGUGGCUCCGUGUCCAACCUGUACGCAUUUUUAGCGGCCCGUCACCACAAGUUUCCUCAAUACAAAGAGAAGGGACUGUCCAGCAUUCCCGGACAACUAGUCAUGUUUACUAGCGAUCAGUGCCACUACUCGGUGAAGUCCUGUGCGUCUGUGGGCGGUUUAGGCACGGACUACUGCAUCUGCGUUCCGUCCGACGAACACGGCCGCAUGAUAGCGUCUGAACUUGAAAGACUUGUGAGAAAACAUCGCGAUCAAGGACAUGUACCAUUCUUCGUGAACGCGACCUCCGGCACCACAGUGCUGGGUGCCUUCGACCCUCUCACAGACAUCGCUGACAUUUGCCAGAAAUACGACAUGUGGAUGCACGUUGAUGCGGCCUGGGGUGGCGGUCUUCUCUUCUCCAAAAAGUAUCGGCAUCCACGACUCACUGGCAUCGAAAGAGCUGACUCAGUGACAUGGAAUCCUCAUAAGCUGAUGGGAACACUCUUACAAUGCUCUACCGUGCAUUUCAAGUAUGAGGGCAUCCUGCUAAGCUGCAAUGCAAUGUCCGCUGAAUACCUGUUCAUGACCGACAAGAUCUACGAUCCGCGUUUCGACACCGGCGAUAAGGUCAUUCAGUGUGGACGCCACAACGACAUCUUCAAGCUGUGGCUGCAGUGGAGGGGAAAGGGAACAUCCGGUUUUGAACGGCUAAUGGACCGUCUGAUGGAGUUAUCCGAGUACAUGGUUCGGAGGAUCAGGGAGCAGAGUGACAAGUUCCACCUCAUUUUGGAACCGGAAAUGGUUAACGUUAGCUUCUGGUACCUGCCAAAGCAGCUGCGAGGUAUCCCUCAUGACCAACAAAAGGAAAUAAAACUUGGAAAGGUAUGCGCCAAGCUGAAGGGGCGUAUGAUGCAAGCUGGCACCAUCAUGGUGGGAUAUCAACCAGACGAUCGCCGUCCCAACUUCUUCAGGAACAUCAUCUCUUCCGCCGCAGUCACUGAGAAGGACGUCGACUUCCUUCUCUCUGAAAUGGACCGACUUGGUCACGAUAUAAUCGUGGAUUAAAUUUAACCAAAACGUAUGAGCAAGUUCUUUGGCCUUUUAGUUUUUUUACUAUUUUAAAACUCAGGUCAUGAACGUAGUAAGAAAUGUAGUUAUAUCUUUUUAUGAUUGUUAAUACGUUUAUAUUUUAUCUUUGGUUAGUGAUAAACAACAUUUUUAAAAACAAUGAGAUUAUUUUACUAAGUCUGUGAUUUAAUUUUAAUAACUUACUAAAGCCGUUGCAAGAAAUCUGUUGCAAGUUAGAAACAUGGUUACUAAAGUUUAUUUAGCUGUAAAAAUGUAAUUAUACGCUGUUUAAAUUAUAAUUAAUGUUCCAAAGAUCUAGGUGUGAAAUAUAUUACAGUAGUUGUAGAUUUCUCAAUGCAACGAUUGCUUUGAAGUCUUCUAUUUAAAAGAAUUUAAAUGUAUGAAAUUGUACCGUCUAUUAAAUGUUUAUCUAUUCUGUUGUAUUGACAAUGAAAGUAUAUCUAGAAAUUUGAAAUAAUAUGAAUUAAUAUUUAAUAACUAUAUAUAAUUAAAUAAAUACUUAGCUAUUUAAAAACUGCUCUUUUGGACAUUCAUGAAAUGCGACUAUCCGUAGCUUAAGACGAAGACCGUAGCACAUAAUGGAAGCCGCGCUACGGCGCUACUAAUGCCAUCUAGUCGGAUUAACUGGAACUUUUUGGAUCAAUUUGGUACAGAAAUAGAAACCGAUAAGUGUAUUACCCCAAUUUUAGACCAAAAGGGUAAAUUGACAAAAACGCUGAGAUUCAGUAAAAAUUAUAGUGAAUAAAUUUAAUUAUAUUACUUGGGUUAGUAAAUGAAAGGAAGAAAGGACAGCAAGGUUAGUUAAUAAAGUCCGUUUAAAAUAUCAUGGUUCUGGUGAGCUGAGUUUUUUAAAUAAUUAAUAAUAAAAAUGUAGGUGUGGUAAUCUUAAUCGGAUUAUCUAAUUACUAAUAUAGUAAGCAGAUAUAUGGAACAUAUCUCCCGUUUUGCCAAUUAAGUAUUUGUCAAGUAAGGAAAUCAAAGUAUUCUGUAAAUUAUAUUAGACGAUUUUUAAACAGUUCUUCAAUUCUAUUCUAUGUAUAUUUUUGUAUACUCUCGUUAAUAUAUUUAGUAAUUGUCGUAACUUUUAUAAAACUUUUUUCUAAAACAUUUCUUUCAAAUAUGUUGUAUUUAUUUUUAAGUUUUAGACUUAAAAUAUUUAACUUCAUUAGCAUAAAAUAAGUGUAAUUUAAGUGUAUAUUACUGACGAUGUGACGAUGACAAUAGAAAAUGUAGAAUAGGAAAUCUUGGGCUUCCCAUAUUUGUAAUAAAUUUGGAACAAGAUAUGUGGAGAUUAUAUACUGUGUGUCAAAUUAUAAAAUGAUAAAUGUAAAUAUGUAGAAUGCGUUAGUUUUAGAUCAGUUUUUUGAAGGACCGGUUUUUCGAUUGUACCUAGUUAUUUUUUUCUAAAAUUCAAACAGCUUAUAGAUAGAAUUUACUUUUUUGGAAUUGACAUAUUUUAGAAACAAUGCAUUCAAAAUGCUUCUGCUUGUCCUAAUUCUUAAAAAUCUAGGUGUUAAUGAUGAAUACGGUAAUGUUUAGAAUAAGCCCCUAUCACUGUUAGCGGCGAAUAUAUUUUCAAUGUCAAUAUAGCAUAAUGUUGUCUUCCUUGUUCGUAAAUGUCAAAAUUACCUACGACGCGCUACUUUGGAAUUAAGGGACUAUUUUUUGACAACUUCUUCUCUUCAAGUCUUCGAGAUAUUUAUAAACUACUUUUCGGACAGAUUCUAUUACAUAAAACACUAGUCAAAAUUUAAAUUGAAGAGUCGUUGAUAAAACGGCAUGGUGCACCUAACGCCAUCUAGUAGCGACGAACAACAUUAAGCGCAUCUCUUCAUAAUUCCAUAAAAAUAAAUUUAUUCAGCGGUCGUUGGUAAUUUUGGUGAAUAUAUGUUGAGUGUUGAAAUAUUUAGUAUAGUUGCUAUAUACCCAACUCGUCGAGUUUUUGAUCACUUAUAACAUAAUUAGAGAAAUAUUAUUGUUGCUGAAUGUAAACCUGUAUAACCCAAUAAAUGGUAUUGUUAGUUCAAA